GUUUGGCGAGAGAGAGAGAGAGAGAGAUGGAGGAAGCAAAGGGAGUGGUAAUGCAUGUAGUGCUAGCAAAGUUCAAAGACGGAAUCGCAGAGAAUAAGAUCGAAGAAAUCAUCAAAGAUUUCGCCAACCUCGUCAACCUCAUCGAACCCAUGAAAUCUUUCAAGUGGGGAAAGGACGUGAGCUCUGAGAACCUGAAUCAAGGUUUCACUCAUAUCUUUGAGUCGACCUUUGAGAGCACGGAGGGUGUUGCAGAGUACGUAGCUCAUCCUGCCCAUGUUGACUUUGCAAAUUUGUUCCUUUCACAUGUGGAGAAAGUCAUUGUGAUCGAUUACAAACCAACUGCAGUAAGUGUUUAAAUCGGAAGGACUAUCCCGGGUGUCAUAUAUCGUCCUAUUUCUCCGAGUGGAACUUAAUUUUCUAUGUAAGAGUUUGAUUCAGGUCUGUUUCACCUGAUUUACAAGCCCUAUGUAGAAUGAAAUAAUGAAAGAGAGGAGAUAAUGUUUUCUAAGUCA